AUGGCGGUGGCGGCGGUGGCGGCGGCGGCGGCUGCGGUGUCCCUUCUCCACCCGAGCCCCAGCUCCAAUCUGUCUGCGCCGCAUCUGGCGCCGUGUUGCGCCGUGUUGCGCCGGUCCCCGCAGCAGCUGCGCGCAGGUGUUCUCUCUCCGCGAACGCCGUCCUCCAUCAAGAUUCCUCUGCCCUCUCCCUCAUCCUCUGCCCUCAUCCUCUCCCUCAUCCUCUCCCUCAUCCUCUCCCUCAUCCUCUGCCCUCUCCCUCAUCCUCUCCCUCAUCCUCUGCCCUCUCCUUCAUCCUCUCCCUCAUCCUCUGCCCUCUCCUUCAUCCUCUCCCUCAUCCUCUCCCUCAUCCUCUGCCCUCUCCUUCAUCCUCUCCCUCAUCCUCUGCCCUCUCCUUCAUCCUCUCCCUCAUCCUCUCCCUCAUCCUCUGCCCUCUCCUUCAUCCUCUCCCUCAUCCUCUGCCCUCUCCUUCAUCCUCUCCCUCAUCCUCUGCCCUCUCCUUCAUCCUCUCCCUCAUCCUCUCCCUCAUCCUCUGCCCUCUCCUUCAUCCUCUCCUUCAUGCUCUCCCUCAUCCUCUCCCUCAUCCUCUGCCCUCUCCCUCUGUGA